AUGGCACGCGGCUCGGUCAUUGGGAAUGUCGCUCAAGAUUUGGGUUUAAAUGUGGCGGAGCUUAAUGCUCGUCGAGUUCGCAUCUUGGCGGAGAGCACUCGUCAGCUCUGCGAGCUUGACGCUGCGUCGGGCUCUUUGUUGGUCAGUGAGCGGAUAGACCGAGAGGAGCUGUGCGCGCAGGCGGCAGUCUGCGUCCUGCAGUAUCAGCUUCUUUUGGAGGAUCCGCUCAAAGUGUACAGUCUUGUUUUGGAUAUUCAAGAUGUGAAUGACAACAGCCCUGCCUUUGCUACGGGAAUAACUGAGCUUGAGCUGGUUGAGUCUACCGUUCUGGGGAGACGCUUCCCUCUGGAGAGCGCACACGACCCUGAUUUGGGGACCAACACCGUUCGUGUAUAUAAACUGAGUCCAAAUGAACAUUUUGCACUUGAAUUAAAUACCCAGUUGAAUGCAAACGCAUACCCCGAACUGGUUCUGAGAAAAACAUUAGACCGGGAGACUCAAGCCGAAUACACUCUCACCAUUAACGGUAUUGAUGGUGGCAACCCCGCUAGAACGGGCACCGCAUCUAUUCUCAUUCGUGUUCUGGACGCUAACGACAAUGUCCCCAUUUUUAACCGGAGGGUUUACAAAACCUCUGUCCUCGAGAACUCUGCCACGGGUGCUUUAGUGGCGUCGCUCAAUGCCACGGAUUUAGAUGAUGGUGUAUACGGGGAUGUAACUUACUCUUUCAGUCGCAUGUCAGAUAAAAGUAGAGGAGUGUUUAAAAUUGAUCCCGUGAGCGGUGAGGUAAGGGUGGCAGGGCCUAUCGAUUAUGAAGAGGCGAGUGCGCAUGAACUAGACGUCCAGGCCAAAGAUGGCGGGGGUCAGGCCUCUCACUGUAAACUCAUAAUCGAGGUUAUUGACGUGAACGAUAACGAGCCAGUUGUAACUGUGAAAUCUGCCUCAGCCACCGUGGCCGAGGACUCAAAACCAGGAACCAUGGUGGCUCUGCUCAACGUGUAUGACUUGGACACUGGAAAUAGCGGACGGGUCAAUUGUGUAAUCUCAGACGGUCUUCCCUUUAAGUUGAUAUCGGAGGUAAAAAGUUACUACAUGCUAGUGACUGAUGGGCUAUUAGAUCGGGAGAUGUACCCUCAAUAUAAUAUAACAGUCACUGCCAUUGAUGCUGGCUCUCCUUCACUCUCCAGUAGGAAACUGGUCCAUAUUGUAAUCAGUGACAUUAAUGACAACCCCCCCAUGUUUACGCAGAAAGAGUAUAGCGCUCAAGUUUGGGAAAACCAGCCUAGAGGGACAUUUUUGACUAGGGUGAUAGCAGAAGAUCUGGAUGCCGGAUACAACUCUAAACUAUUGUACACUUUAUCGGAGGACACUGCCCCAGGAACGUCCUCGUUCCUCUCCAUUAACUCAGAAACCGGGGACCUCUACACCUCUCGACCAUUUGAUUACGAACUGUCUGUUUAUUACCAAGUGCACGUGACAGCACGAGACGGAGGCGAUCCCCCUCUCUCAAGCACUUGCAUUGUCAAGAUUUUCAUUGGGGAUCAGAACGAUAACGCGCCUGUGGUUCUUUAUCCGGUCCAAUCCACCAACUACAUAGCGGAUGAUAUGGUUCCGUUGGAGGCGCCAAAAGGUUACCUUGUGACUAAAGUUGUUGCUUUAGACGCCGACUCUGGGCAUAACGCCUGGCUAUCCUACCGUGUGAUCAAAGCCACACAGCCUAAUCUCUUCACUAUCGGGCUGCAUUGCGGGGAAAUAAGAACCCUCAGACCUUUUUUAGAGGGGGACGAACAAAAACAAAUGCUUGUGAUCCUCGUAAAGGAUAACGGGCCCGAAUCCCUCUCUGCAACGGCUACAGUGAAUGUGCUCAUUGGCGACGGUCUGCCUGUUUUAUCCGAACUGUUUGAGAUUAGGGAGGAACAGCAGGUCAGCGAAAAUUUCACACUGUACUUGAUCCUUGCUCUAGUGACGGUUUCAUCCCUCCUUCUCAUUUUAAUCAGCACGGUCACGUAUUACAAGGUCUGUAGACGAGGCUACGUGUACCGAGCGGCAACCUCGAGCCUCCCCGUUUUCCCCUCGGCCUACUGUCCCCCAAGCUACACUGACGUCAGCCGCAGUGGAACACUUUUCAAAGAUGACAGAUACGACUCAUUUUUGACUACUGGCUCAUGGAAGGGCGAUUUCCGUUUCGGCUCUAGUUUGGACACUGAUACCUUAAAAAAGAGGAGUGCGGUCUAUCAAAAAAACAACACACUCAGGCGCAUGACCGCCGAAAGGGCAGCUGGUCUUAAGUUAAUGCAGGACUAA